AUGGCGAAAGAAGAUACACUCACUGUUGAAGCUGCUGUUAACAGCAGCAAUAACAUUAAUAAUAAUAAUAAAGUAGAUGAGAGAAAGAAGGCAAAACAACAAAAGAAGAAAGAGCAAAAGAAGAGACAGAAACAAAAGAAGAUCGAUACUCAACAACAUCAACAACUGCAUCAACAGCAUACCAAUGGAGCUACCACUGCAACAACAACAACAACUACGUCUACAACAAAUGGACAGACCAAUAACAAUGAUGAUAUACAUAUGGUUGAUGAACAUCACAUCACCACUGCAGAUGAUGAUAUCAUUAUCGAUGAGAGCGAUCCUUCAUUCGAGCUGUACGCAAAGCUGUUGAAACACUUUGACAAUCCAACUGGCUACGAGGAGCCAAAGGUCGAUGAGGAGGAGCAGGCUGAGAGCAAGCAGGUUGAUGAACCUGUUGAUCAGGAGGAUGCCAAUGGAGAACAACAAAACGAUAACGAUGGUGAGGAAUCUGCAGAGGUCGACGCUUCAAAGCCAAAGAAGAUGUCCAAUCGCGAGAGAAAGAGACAACAGAAGCUCAACCUUCCAAUCCUAAAGCAACUUGUAGACAGACCUGACAUCGUAGAGUUACAUGACACAAACUCACCCAAUCCAGCAUUCUUGAUUGCAUUGAAGGGCUGUAGAAAUAGUGUACAGGUACCAACACAUUGGAAUGUCAAGAGGAAGUAUCUACAGGGCAAGAGAGGCUACGUCAAGACUCCAUUCGAGCUGCCAGAGUUCAUUGCAGCUACUGGCAUCACCAAGAUCAGAGAGGCUUUACUCGAGAAGCAGGCACAGCAGAAAACAAAGACCAAGCAAAGAGAGAGACUGCAACCAAAGAUGAGAUCAAUGAACAUCGAUUACGAGGUACUGCGAGACGCCUUCUUCAUCCAUCAGACCAAGCCAAAGUUGACGAUACAGGGCCAACUCUACUAUGAGGGCAAGGAGUUUGAGGUGGCCAUCAAGAAGACCAAACCAGGUGUUCUAUCAGAGGAGCUGAGGAGGGCACUUGGCAUGCCUGAUGGAUAUCCACCUCCCUGGCUCAUCCACAUGCAACAACAUGGCCCACCACCAUCCUAUCCUAACCUAAAGGUGCCUGGUGUCAAUGCUCCCAUUCCCGAGGGUGCCCAGUAUGGAAUACAUCCUGGUGAGUGGGGUAGACCUCCAGCAGACCUGGCAGCUCAGUAUGCCUCGACCAGCUCAACCUCAAAUGCCAAUAUCGAUGCCUUGACCAAUCCAGUGGAGAGGGAGCAUUGGGGCCAGUUGCUACCAGAGGAGGAGGUAGAGGAAGAAGAAGAGACCGAACAACAAGAGAAUGAAGAGGAUGAUGAGCAAGCAGUUCAACCACCACAACCCAAUGAUAUGGAGAUCAACGAAGGAAUAUCAUCAGUACCCAGCGGAUUGGAGACACCAGACACAAUUGACAUCAAGAAGAGCAAGUUUGUUGAUGGUGGACAACCACGUCAACUUUAUCAAGUUCUAGAACAAUCAAACAGGAGUUUGGGUUCUGGAAUGAUGGAAUCAAACUAUAAAUACAAUGUACCAGCACCAACAGCAGCAACCUCUCGAACAUCGACAUCCAAAUCGAACAAAGUGGACCUUAUCAAGAGCCAUAGGACGGCACCAGUCGAUAUCACACUCAACCCUUCAGAGAUGGAGGACAUGGAUGGACUGGAUGAGGAAUUACUGAAGAAGAAAUUCGACCAGGCGAUGGCAGAGAAACGAGGCGGUGUCAGACCUAGAGAGGAUGACUUGAUAGAUGACAGCAAGAAGAGGAAGUCAACUGGUUCUUCAAAGGAUGACAAGACAAAGAAGUUUAAAUUCUAG